UGAUGUGCAAUGGCUCUGUAAUUGGCCUGGACUGAGAUACUUUGGCAGCAUUGAUGGGAACUGUAGAGGAAGGAUCCAUCACAAUGUGUCCCAAAUUUCUUAUGCACAGGAGAAAUGCCCUUGGCAUAAGCACAUAUCUCUUCUAACCUCUUUUUGCCAAUUGCUAAUGUUAAAUAAAAAUGUAAGUUGGUUAAACUCAUCUGGGGCAUUCUGAUGUUUCUGUGACUUAGCUUACAGUCAGCUUCAGUUAUUUAGAUAUGAGCACACUGCACAGGUCUAGGAGCAAAAGGUUUGACGAAUUGUGUCUUGCAGGUUACUAGCAUCUUGCACUAUUUCUCCUCUGUCAAAUAUCCACACAAGCGCAUUUCUGGAGAAUGUUGGGAGAUGGGAGAAGAAGAACAGAAUAGUGUACCCUCCGCAGCUGCCAGGAGAGCCUCGAAGACCAGCAGAAAUAUUCCACUGUCGAAGGGAGAUAAAAUACAGUAAGGACAAGAUGUGGUAUUUGGCAAAGCUGAUAAAAGGAAUGUCAAUUGAUCAGGCUCUUGCUCAGCUGGAAUUCAAUGACAAGAAGGGGGCAAAGGUGAUCAAAGAGGUUCUUCUGGAAGCGCAAGAAAUGGCCGUGAGAGAUCACAAUGUAGAAUUCAAAUCAAAUUUAUAUAUAGCUGACUCCUUUUCUGGAAAAGGCCACUAUCUGAAACGGAUCCGCUACCAUGGCCGAGGCAUGUUUGGCAUCAUGGAGAAAGUUAAGUGCCAUUACUUUGUGAAACUGGUAGAAGGCCCACCUCCCCCUCCAGAAGCACCGCGGACUGGAUUUGACCAAGCUAAGGAAUAUGUGCAGGAGCUCCGAAACAGAACCAUUAUUCAUACACUAUAACACUCUAGUCUAACUGUGUAUAUUUUCUAAUCGUUUGCAAAUGUGUAAAUAAAAGAUUGUAAGCCAG